AUGCACACAUUUUCAACAUUACCCGUCGAACUAGUUUAUCGAAUUAUGGAUCAUCAAAAUGGCCGGACGCUAUUUUGUUCAAUGCAAAAUAUCUGUCGACGGCUCAAUCAGAUCCUGAGUACUUACCAGCGAUAUCAAACACUCACCACACUUAACCUCAGUGGGAACCGAAUCGGUGCUGAAGGAGCACAACACAUUGCUUAUGCGCUGCGAAUGAAUACGACACUCACCACACUUAACCUCAGUGGGAACCGAAUCGGUGCUGAAGGAGCACAACACAUUGCGGAUGCGUUGCGAACGAAUACGACACUCACCACACUUAACCUCCAUCAGAACGGAAUCGGUGAUGAAGGAGCGCAACACCUUGCGGAUACGUUGCGAACGAAAACGAGACUGACCACACUUAACCUCAGUUGGAACGAAAUCGGUGAUGAAGGAGCGCAACACCUUGCGGAUACGUUGCGAACGAAUACGACACUCACCACAAUAGACCUCAGUGGGAACAGAAUCGGUGAUGAAGGAGCACAACACCUUGCGGAUGCGUUGCGAACGAAUACGGCCCUCACAAUACUAGACCUCAUUGAGAACGAAAUCGGUACUGAAGGAGCACAACACAUUUCGGAUGCGUUGCGAACGAACACCACACUCACCACACUUCACCUGGAUGAGAACAGAAUCGGUACUGAAGGAGCACAACACAUUGCGGAUGCGCUGCGAACCAAUACGACUCUCACCACACUUCACCUCUGGCGCAACCAAAUCGGUGAUGGAGGUGCACAACACAUUGCGGAUGCGUUGCGAACGAAUACGAGACUGACCACACUUAACCUCAGUGGGAACAGUAUCGGUGAUGGAGGUGCACAACACAUUGCGGAUGCGCUGCGAACGAAUACGACACUCUCCACACUUAACCUCAGUGGGAACAGUAUCGGUGAUGGAGGUGCACAACACCUUGCGGAUGCGUUGCGAACGAAUACGACACUCACCACACUUCACCUGGAUGAGAACAGAAUCGGUGCUGAAGGAGCACAACACAUUGCGGAUGCGUUGCGAACGAAUACGGCCCUCACAAUACUAGACCUCAUUGAGAACGAAAUCGGUACUGAAGGAGCACAACACAUUUCGGAUGCGUUGCGAACGAACACCACACUCACCACACUUCACCUGGAUGAGAACAGAAUCGGUACUGAAGGAGCACAACACCUUGCGGAUGCGCUGCGAACGAAUACAAGACUGACCACACUUAACCUCAGUUGGAACGAAAUCGGUGAUGAAGGAGCGCAACACCUUGCGGAUACGUUGCGAACGAAUACGACACUCACCACACUUAACCUCAAUCAAAACGGAAUCGGUGAUGAAAUAGCUGAACACAUUGCAGAUGCAUUGGAAAAGAAUAUAAGCGCCAAGAUGAUAUAG